AUGUCUACACAACAAAUUCAAAGUGCUCCUAUUAGCCCAAAAGGGUCAAAAUUUAGCAUAAAGUUGCCCGUGUCUCCCUCCGAGAGCAAAGUUCUUCCGCCCAUUGUUGAAGAUUCACCCAGUGAAAUUCGUUCUUCAAUUAGAUUUGAUUUGCCUCGAACUUCAUCAUCCUUUUCAACUCUAACUUCCCUUUCUGAAUCAACAAAAAAUAAUGCGAAGAACUUUAAUGUUGCCCACCCUUGUGCUGACCUCAGUUUCCUUCGAAAUAUUCACAAACGCACAAAACGCAAAAGGAGGCUUCGAAAGCUUUGUCAUAUUUUAUACUGUAUAGUUGUCUAUGGACUACCGAUAGGCGGACUGAUUCUUGGAAUAGCUGGCAUUAUACUUGGCCACUUUUUGCACAUUGAACCUGUGUUUGUUGGAAGUUGCGUCCUCUUAAUCUCAGCUGUUGGAGUUAUUCUGCAAUCCUGUUUUUGGAAACGCAGCUUGCCAAACAAAUUUCGGGCAACAGAAGUUCCCUUUAUUACACCACAGGAGGAUAGUCUAAUAUCUAAAUCGAAUGAGCAAUCUGAACAAGAGAAUGACAAUGAAAAAGCUUCAACAAUCUGUCAUAGCGAUACUCCUAAACCAACUUCAAUAAAUUCUGCACAAGUUCGACGACUCAGUUUGGCUUUGACUAGAGCUACAGCAGAACUCUCUGCCGCUAGACAAAUAUCUUCAGUAGGUGGUACUGGCAGUGGAGUACUGAAUCUUGCGCGAAGGUUGACAAUGGCUCCAGUUCAAUAUGGUGACUUCGGGGAAUUGCGAGGAUACAAAUCCGGAAAUGGGUGGGUAGCUGGUCAUUUUCCGCAUGGAGUAAGGCGAAGUCUGGCUUGGAAUGAUACUGGAGCAUCUAGGUUUUAUGCAUCAAAUUACAAUUAG